AAACUAAACUCUCACCGCACAACUUGGAAGUCUUUUUCUCCUCUAUCCGCUCACUCCUCAGUACACUGUGCAGAGAGUGGUAGAAGAGGAGGCAAGGCAAGUAGGCAACCAUGGUUAUCACCAUGGCCACACCCACUUCACAAAUCAUCUGUUUCAGCGCUUCCAAUGACACCCUCCUAUCUUCUUCCCCCUUCAAGUCUCUCAAGCUCCCUCUUUUCUGGCCAUGGCAAAAGGUUAAAAUGGGCCCACUGAGUGUAUCCCCUAUGGGAUUUGGAACAUGGGCGUGGGGCAACCAGCUUCUGUGGGGAUACCAACAAGGAAUGGACAGUGAACUUCAGCGGACCUUCAAUCUAGCAGUUGAAAAUGGGAUUAAUCUCUUUGACACUGCUGAUUCUUACGGGACUGGUCGACUGAAUGGCCAAAGUGAGAAGCUUCUUGGAAAGUUCAUUCGAGAAUUUCAAGGACCAGAGAAGGUAAGGGAUGACAUUGUGAUUGCUACCAAGUUUGCUGCAUACCCAUGGCGCCUGACACCUGGACAAUUGGUCAAUGCUUGCAAGUCUUCUCUUGAGAGGAUGCAAAUUGAACAAAUCGGGAUAGGGCAACUUCAUUGGUCAACUGCAAACUACGCUCCUCCGCAGGAGCUAGCUCUCUGGGAUGGUUUAGUGGCAAUGUAUGAGAAGGGCUUAGUUCAAGCAGUUGGGGUAAGCAAUUACGGACCAAAGCAGCUUGUGAAGGUACACGAGUACCUUAAAGCGCGGGGAGUCCCUUUAUGCUCAGCUCAGGUACAAUUUUCAUUGCUGAGUAUUGGAGAAGAUCAGAUGGACAUAAAAAAUAUUUGUGAUUCUUUAGGCAUCCGCUUAAUUUCUUAUAGCCCUCUGGGUCUUGGAAUGCUCACUGGAAAAUAUACACCUUCAAAUCUUCCAAGAGGACCUCGGGGCUUACUAUUCAGUCAAAUUAUUCCAGGGCUGGAGCCUUUAUUGAAUUCACUUAGAGAAAUUGCACAAAGGAGACAGAAAACAGUGCCACAGGUUGCGAUAAACUGGUGCAUCUGCAAGGGUACCAUUCCGAUACCCGGGGUCAAGUCAGUAAGACAAGCAGAGGAAAACUUGGGUGCUCUUGGGUGGCGUCUCACUUUGGAUGAGUUGCUUCAGUUAGAGGAUUCAGCACGCGAGUCUCCCCGCAAAAUGCUCCAAAACAUUUUCCAGACGAGGUGAAUGUCCUAUUCGAGCAUAUUUGAUGUAAAACUCGCUCAAGCAAAAUGUUAAUCCUGCGGACAAUUAUUGUAAUUAAACAUUGUAAAACUUCCCUACUCUCUUUAGCACAUUUCAUCCUUAUUAUUUACUCAAAUCCCCACAAA